UCACAAGUCAAUCUGCGCUGCACAAUUGUCCUGCACUAGCUAGCAAUGCGACUGUCUGUCGCCCUGCAUUGACACUACUGCAGUGCAGCUUCCACCUCGACGACGCCUAUAAAAUGCCGCCGGUGUCUCUCCGGUCGCUUCGCACCACACCACCAUCCACGCACUAGUGGUAAGCAAGGUAGCUAGCGACUGAUCGUCGUCGAGCUCGCUCGAUCUCUCGAAGUCCGAAUCAGCUAAGCUUAGCUAAGAGCCAUGGCGACGAAGCCUGCGCAGGUGCUGGUGGCGGUGGUGGUCCUGCUGCUGCUGUGCGCCGCCACGCCGCGGGGCGCCGACGCGGCGACGGCUUGCGACGCCACGCAGCUGACCCCGUGCGCGGGCGCCAUCAUCGGCAGCUCGCCGCCCACCGCCGCGUGCUGCAGCAGGCUCAAGGAGCAGCAGCCGUGCCUGUGCACGUACGCGCGCGACCCCAACCUGCAGCGCUACGUCAACUCGCCCAACGGCAAGAAGGCCAUGGCCGCGUGCAAGGUGCCCGUGCCGUCGUGCUAACUGAACUUCUCUUAGCGCCGCCGCCGCCGCUGCGUACGUGACGUGUGAUGUACCUGUGUCGGUGGCGUGGGCCCACUGGACAGAGACAGAGCUAGUGUGUGGCGUCGCUUUCUGUUUCCGUACGUACGUAUACAGUUGGAUGUUGGAUCGUGCCGUGUAUGCGUAUUCCGUUGUGGUGUUGCUGUACGUAUGCACCAAAACCGUGACGUACCAAGCUCUUGGGACGACAGAUACGUGUGUAUGAUGAAUAAAUGAUGUAAUAAUAUAUAUAAUGACGUAUGCAUCCGCUAUAUAUAUGCACAUCCAUAUGUUUUUAAUA